UCGGCUGUCCUCGCGCGGGGGCCGCCGCGGGCGGAGAGGACCGGCGACCGGCGAGGCCCUGCCUCAGGACUGAGAACUGGCUACCUGGUCCAUGGGCUGCUUGUCAUGCUGUAAGGUAGAAGUACAUGUCCUGGUGUCCUGUUUGGAAGGAUUCUGAAGUCAAGAGCUUUUCAGACUCAGACUUUCUAUGGUUCUGGAUUCCAGGGUCACGUGGUAUUGAAGAAACAAGCUCACAGUCUCUGGCCCGUAUGGCCGAAGUGUUCGUGUACGGGACGCUGAAGCAAGGCCAGCCCAACCAUAAGGUCCUGCUGGACCGCACCAAUGGCAGUGCGACCUUCCAGGGCCGGGGCCAUACGGUGGAGCCGUACCCCUUGGUGAUCGCUGGAGAACAUAACAUUCCGCAUAUGCUGAACCUGUCGGGGCGAGGCCACUGUGUGGUUGGCGAGAUCUAUGCUGUGGACGAGCAGAUGCUGCGCUUCCUCGAUGAGUUCGAAGGCUGCCCAGACAUGUACCAGCGCACCCAGGUGAGGGUUGCGGUUCUGGAGUGGGAAGACUCUGAGGAGCCUCCGGCUGCUGAAAGGACCCUGCAGUGCUUCGUGUACACCACGGCCAACUACCCUCCAGAGUGGGUCCAGCUCCCAUACCUCGACAAUUACGACUCUGAGGGGGCACAUGGGCUUCGCUAUAAUCCACGGGAAAACAGAUAAAAACCCGAGGAAUGCUCACCAGCCAGAGGACAGAUAGAGCCCUGAUGAUUGUAAGAUUACCUCAGCUUGGUCUGCACGCACUAAAUGCAAAGGCCUAAUGAUGCUCUUUGAAACAAAUAUUUGUAAAACUCAAUCUGCGGAAAAAGAAAUACUCCUUUUUAAUGGCAGCUAAUUUCCCAGAUAAUUUGACAUACAGAUUACAAGAUUGUGCCCUGAAAUCUAUCUGUCCAAUAUUGCUUUAUUGCUUGCUGCUUAAAGAGCACCAUGGCCUUGAAUGUAUUGGAUAUGAAAAUUUUAGGAUUUUAAUUCCCCUAAAUGACAUUUCAAGAACUCGUAUGUUAUCAUACUUUUCUUCUUUGUCUGCUUUGCUUUAAUCUGAAGAUAACAUUUAAAAUGAAUGUUAAGACUCUGGGUUGCACCUAGAUGUUAGCAGCCCUACUCUAUUGAUUUUGACCUAUAGCACCAAGAAAAAAAUUUUUAAGCUGAUCUUGGAAGUCGCAGUGUAAUAAAAGAAACUCAAGAAAAACAUGAUGUGUUUUAGAGUAGUUUUGGAGUAUAUAUAACAUUGUUUUUCACAAGCUUCAGAUCAAGCUAAUUCAAGAAGGGAUUAUUAUUAUUAAAGAUGAUCAUUUAAAAUUAAACUAGAUGUUUUAGUAAAUCAAAUAUAAAAGUGUUAGUGCUAUUUUUGGUCCUUUUCUUGGGUCUACUUAUUUGGUAGAAGGUUCUUUUCAUUCUAAUCUAGCAAAAUAAUGAGCACCCACUUGCUGGCAGACACAGCUGAACACCCUGAUUUCAGAAGGAAGCUCACCCCAGCCCAGAGCCCAGUGGCGAGGCACUGUCCCUGCUUCCCAAGAGAGCGGCAUUCGGGGGUGGGCCUUUUGGAGAAGAACCAACAUGUUAGUAAUUUGUCCUUCAGGCCUGACAGAAAGCUUAGCUUCCACAUACAAACAGCACUUAAAAUAAUUUUAGCAAGGCACGAAGCACCAAUUACUACCCACCUCCAUCUGAGGAUCUGUCAGUGCAGAUUCCAAUCAGUGCGUGACUGCCUCUGCUUACUUACCAGCAAAGUAUGGAAUGUAUUCUGAGAAUUCCAGAACCGAAUGAAAAUGCAGCUGCUGAUCCUCAGAAACCUCACUCUCCUUUGGGAGAAAGCACUUCCUCUUCAUUUUAAUGGUACACUGUGAUGACUGCAUGUGGCACAAAAAACAUCAUUUUUAGCUUUUUUUCUUAACUGGAAACUUGCUUCAUGAAGACACAAAAAGGCAAGGAUGGGUGCCCCACCCACUACAGUUGGGGUGAGGGAGUCCCGUGGGAUGGAGAGGAGGGACAGUGCGAGUCACCUCUCCGAGUGAUGCCCCCGGGGACCCAGCAGACCCAGUACUUACCCAGUAGAGCCACGCAGGAGGGAUUCCACAAGCAUCUGUGCUGUCCGGGCUUGAGAAGUUACAGAUAACCACAAAUGGGGGUUAGGUCUUCAACCAGAACUACAAGGUGGCAAAUGCUAAUUUAAUAAAACUGAAGACCAUGAGUUGGGAUUUAUAUAAAUGUUUUAAAGGAUCACAAUGAAAUGCUAUUAUUUAAAGUCUACUGGCACAGCCCAUAGCCUCCUAUGUACAAUGUCUUCAUUCAGAAAAAGGGCAAACUAAUAUUUAGACAAAUGCUCAGUUUUAUUGAUUUAACUUUGACACUAGGAAAUCUCACAGCAGAAUCAUAUGUACAAGUAUUUAUAUCAAUAAAAAUUUCCAUUGGUGAUUUUUUGGCAGAAUGUUGGUUUUGACUAUAUGUGGAAUAAAUAUGACCAUGUAAAAUCUGCUGCACAGGGGUGUCCCUGCAAAAUGCUUGAAUAAACUAAGUGAAAGAAUAA